CCGACAACAAAGUUGUAAGGGGGGUAUACUGGUUUCAGGUUGUCUGUCUGUCCGUCUGUCUGUCUGUCCGUCUGGUCGUCUGUCCGUAGACGCAAUCUUGUGCGCACCAUCUCUCCUUAUCCCCUUGACAGAAUUUAAUGAAACUUCACACAAGUGAUCAGUACCAACAGUAGUUGUGCAUGGGGCAUGUUAGGUUCUUUUAGAAAAAAAAUUUGCAGAGUUAUGGGACUUUGUUUUUUUGUUACUAUACUAUAUACAUAGAUACAAUCUUGUGCGCACCAUCUCUCCUCAUUCCCUGGACACAAUUUAAUGAAACUUCACACAAGUGAUCAGUACCAACAGUAGUUGUGCAUGGGGCAUGUUAGGUUCUUUUAGAAAACAAAUUUGCAGAGUUAUGGGACUUUGUUUUUUUGUUACUAUAAUAUAUACAUAGACACAAUCUUGUGCGCACCAUCUCUCCUCAUCCCCUUGACACAAUUUAAUGAAACUUCACACAAGUGAUCAGUAACAACAGUAGUUGUGCAUGGGGCAUGUUAGGUUCUUUCAGAAAAAAAAAUGCAGAGUUAUGGGACUUUGUUUUUUUGUUACUAUACUAUAGACAUAGACACAAUCUUGUGCGCACCAUCUCUCCUCAUCCCCUUGACACAAUUUAAUGAAACUUCACACAACUGGUCAGUAACAACAGUAGUUGUGCAUGGGGCAUGUUAGGUUCUUUCAGCGACAAAAAUUGCAGAGUUAUGGGACUUUGUUUCUUGUUAACAUACUAUGUACAUACAGUCUUCAUAUGCAAUCUUGUGCGUGCCUAAUCUACCAAACCCUUGCACACAGUUUAAUGAAACUUCACACAAGUGAUCAGUACCAACCCUAGUUGUGCAUGGGGCAUGUUACAUUCUUUUAGAUAAAUAUUCUGCAUAGUUAUGGGACUUUGUUUUUUGUUACUAUACUGUAUACAUACAGUCUAUAUACAUACAGUCCAAAUAAUUAUGCAGUCUUGUGUGUGUCAAAUUGCAAUGUACUGUGUCAGUGCAUGCGGGGGGUACAUUCAUCACCUUUAGUGAUAGCUCUAGUUAUUUCCAAAAAAUAUCACUGCUUUACUACGGUUAAAACUUUGUAUGAAUAUGAGUUUACAUUCCUAUUCUAUAAUCUGCAUAUGAGCUGCGCCAUGAGAAAACCAACAUAGUGGAUUUGCGAUCAGCAUGGAUCAAGACCAGCCUGUACAUCUGCGCAAUCUGGUCAGGAUCCAUGCUGUUCAAUUUCAAAGCCUAUUGCAAUUAGAGAAAAUGUUAGCAAACAGCAUGGAUCCUGAGAAGACUGCACAGAUGACCAGGCUGGUCUGGAUCCAUGCUGGUCGCAAAGCCACUAUGUUGGUUUUCUCAUGGUGUGGCUCAUAUACACUUAAAUAUCUUUAGUUCGGGCUAUUUAACGCUGCAAUUAUGAAUUAUCUUGGCAUUUAUGGUGACGUUUUACAAAGCAAAAAGUAAGUUGAUGUCUUGUUUUCCUUUUAGUCAGAGGAAGCUUCCAGCUCCAGGUCUAGCAGUCCGGAAAGGACCACCAGGGGAAGAGGACGUGGAAGAGGCCGUGGUGCUCGGGGUUCAAGGAGAAGAAGUGGUUGUAGAGGCCGCGAGUCAACAGGGCGGGGAAGGAGAGGCAGUGGUAGAGUUGGUAGAUCAAGAGGGAGGUCAAGAAGUAGAUUACAGCCGGGAAGGGCAGAUGAAGCCCUUGAAAACAUUCAACAGAGACAAGACAGCAUGAGGGAUGAAAUAAACAAGAUGAGUGAAGAACACUGCAAAGAGAUUUUGCUCAGUGUCUUAGAAAAAAGUCCAGCUGUUAUGAUUGACAUCAUGAGACCAGCAGUCAGGCAGCCAGGUGGAUACCAUCCAGGCCCUGAUGCUAACGUGCCUGGUUGGUGUGUGUACACCAAGUGCAGAGAAAUGCCUACACUCAUUGUCUGUUGUGGAAAGGAAAACUGUGUGUCCCUAAUACCAGACUUUCAAGUUCUCAUCCUGGAUGAGGCAGUCCUGGCACUUGCCAGACUGCUGCGCCGAGAUAUCUUGGUGUAUGACGAUGAGCCUGACCUUAUGGCUGCCAACAGACACACUGCAUACAGGCUGUAUAUCCUGUGGACUUUUGGCCACCUAGGGGUUGGAGACAGAAGGGUCGUUCCAUCUUGUUGUGUGUGGAGGAUACGGGACAAGUUUCCUGAUCCUUUUGGACAAUAUACUGGGUUUAAAUCAUCUCGGCUUGGUUGAACAUAAAUAUUUGUUGGACGGUCCAUGAGAAAACCUGUAUUAAUGACAAAAAUUUCACAACUGAUAUAUCAAAAUUUUCAUGAAGAAUAUUCUUUUUCUUUUCAAAUCAGAAAAUUUGAAGUGAUUAUCUUCAAUAUUUCAAGACCUACAAAACUUUUAGUCAGUCAACAACAGCAUUUUGAGACGUGAUUGUAAAAAUGUAGUGAUAUCUCUAGUACACUGGCGUUGUCCUGCAUGUUAUGUAUUUUUUCAAGUCAUUUAUGGAACAAAUGCGUAUAAUUUACUAAAAUAUACGUGACGUGAUUAUUUACAAACAGUUCAGAGUGAUUUUACUGAAAAUUACAAUCGUGUUUUUUCUGAAUCAUUUAUAUUCUUUAUACACCUCUACAUUUUCAUGAUGCAUAGGUGCUGUGCAAUAAUCGUUGCCAUGACAACACAAAUGACAUUUAUUUGAACAAUAGCUCGUAAAACACAAAUGCCCUUUUCAUGCAUUCAGUAAUUGUACAUAAUACAUAAAUUAUGUAGUCACUGUGGUCUUGACCUUUGGCCUCAUAAUCAAUAGAGGUCAUCUGCUGGUCAUGAUCAACAUCCCUGUAAGUUUUCGGAUCCUAGGCCAAAGCAUUAUUAGCGACAGUCUGGAAAUUAUGUAUUGUUCCAGGUCACUGUGUCCUUGACCUUUAUCCUACUGACCUUAAAUUCAAAAGGUGUCAUCUGCUGGUUAUGGCCAGCUCCCUAUGAAGUUCAUUAUCCUAGGUUCAAGUGCUCUAUAGUUAUCACAAUGAAAUUGUGCUGUGUCACUGUCACCUUGACCUAAAAGCUACUUACCUCAAACUUAAUAGGGUAUAUCUGCUGGUAAUGGCCAACCUCCCUAUCAACAUUCAUGAACCUAGUCCCAUGCAUGCUUGAUUUAUAAUCUGGAAACAGUUUAGUGUUACAUGUCAUUGUGACAUUGUCCUUUAGCCUACUGACCUCAUAUCAAUAGGGGUCAUCUGCUGGAAAUGACCCAUCUCUCUAUCAACUUUCAUGUUCCUAGUCCUAAGCUUUCCUGACUAAUCAUCCAGAAACAAAUUGGUCUACAGACCAACCAACAUCUGCACAACAAUAUACCCCACCUUCCUUGAAGGGGGACAUAGAAUAUGUCCCAUAUCCUCGACACACAGCAUGAUGGAAUACCCUUCUGUCUUCAACCCCUAAUCUUCUUAUUAUGCAAUAAGUAAUCAAGUCACUGAUACAGGUUUUCUCAUGGAAAUGUCCAUUUUUACACAUGAUUUAUUAUACUUUAAAACUGUUGGGUUGGAAAAUAUGAUAUGUGCCAUUUGUCUAAAGAAUAAAGAACAAGCAUUCUCAAGAAAUUGUCCGGAAAAGUUCCAAGUUCAAUGUUCCAAGUAAAUUUGACCUUUAGAACUCAUAAUCAAUAGGGGGUCAUCUGCUGGACAUGAUCAACCUCCCUUUUAAGUUUCUUGAUCGUUGUCCAAAGUGUUCUGAAGUUAUUAUCUGAAAACCUUUUUAAAUGUUCAAGGUCACUGUGACCUUGACCUGUGACCUAAUGAUCUAAAAAUCAUAAGGGGUCGUUUUCUGGUCAUAACCAAAGAGCUAUAAAAUAAAUAGAUUGGCAACUUGAAAGGCAUAUAGAGCAAAUCUCGCCAACCUCCCGUGACAAAAAAACGAGAUCUCGUUACCGGAAGUGGCGCUUUCUCCACGCGCCAUUUUGUAUGCGAAAGCAAUUAUUCAGCGGUAAAAUAAUUAUCACCGUAUGACCACGCUUCUUUCGAUGGCAAAAAAAACCCUGUACUUCGUGUCUUAAGACCAUUUCUCAUUAAACUAAUUUUGUUUUAGAAGCUAACAUGUAUUUUAAAUGUAGUUUUAAAGGUACAAAUUGUAACUGCAUGCUUGUCGAUGUUUGUUUUUAGUAAGAUAACGCCGAAUCACGCUCUGACACGAGCUCACGUGAGAUUACAGCCAGUUGCCAUUCUGUGUAUUUUAUACUUCUUUGUCAUAACCAAAGUCCCUAUCAAUUUUCAUGAUCAUAGGCCAAAGCGUUCUCAUCCGUAAACCAAUUAACUGUUUUGUGUCGUUGUGACCUUGACCUUUGACCUACGUAUUUCAAAGUCGAAUUUGACCUGUAUUUUAUCCUGUUACACCUGUGAACAAAAAAUUAUAAUCCUAGACCAAAGCAUUCUUAGUUACCAUGCGGAAACCAUUUACUGUUAUGCGUCACAGUGACCUUGACCUUUGACCAAAUUACCUCAAAGUCGAACUUGACCUGUAUUUCAUGAUGUUACACCUGUGUACAAAAUUAUAUGAUCUUAGACCCAUACCUUCUCAAGUUUUCAUCCAGAAACUGUUUUACUGUUCAGUGUCAUUGUGACCUUGACCUUUGACAUGUUUACCCCAAAGUCAAACUUGACUUGUAUUUUAUCAUGUUACACCUUUGUUCAAAAAAUUAUGAUCCUACACCAAAGCGUUCUCAAGUCAUCAGCCGGAAAACGUUUAACUGUUCUGAGUCACUGUGAUCUUGACCUUUGACCUACUGACCCUAAAGUCGAACUUGACCUGUAUUUUCUAAUGUUACACCUGUGUACCAAAAAAUAUUUUAAUUGGUCAAGCCAUUCAUGAGUAAUUAUCAGGAAACCAUGAAAAUCAACUGACAGACGGACCGACCGACAAGCUCACUCCUAUAUACCCCCCACCCCCAAAAUUUGUUUUGUGGGGGUAUAAAAAUAUCACUAUACAUUACGCAGCUUCAUAUAGCUAAAAGUUCUAGAAUUUUGGAGAGAUGUAAACGUUUGCUAACAUGAAAUUUAAUUUCACUUAUUUGGUGCGCUUUGUACUGGGGAAUAUGGUAAUGCUGUAAAAUUAUUUCUUACUUGGUCAAGUCAAGUCAAUAUUUAUUUAUUGUCGGUAGAUAAAACAACAUUAUAAACAUAAGCUAUGUAUAGCUUUUGACCGACAUAAAUACCAGAGGGAAAAUAAAGCAUAUGAUCUUCACGUUUUAUUUUGUAUUGUGAUAGAAAACAAAAUGAAAAGAAGUUUCAGUUUCAAUACAGUUCUCUUUAUAAAAAUUGUGAUUUUAUUUUCCAAGCCUCCAGUACCAAAAGCAAGGGCUACUUCAGGUAUAUUUUUGUAAUAAUCAUUUUUGGUACAUCCUGUUUUUAGACUUCAAAAAAUGUUGCAAAUCUUAUUUGUGCUUUUACAUUUUAACAAGCAUCAAAGCAGUUUACAUUCUGAAAGUAUUUUUUUAGUGCUUUUACAGAGACAUUUAUGAUACAUGCUGGGUAGGAACAUUCGGGUUUUUUAUGUGUUUACCCAAUUCAAAAAUUGAUAAACCAUUCCUGUAAUGGACCCUUGCUUUAGAACUAAAAAUGAAAAGAAUGCUUUCAGCUAUGGUCAUUCAAGAGUACAGUUACAGACAUUUUUUCAGUAAUAGCCUUACAUCUGUUUUGUAACCCUUUCAGCUCAUUAGUUGUGAAAAGACAAAAUAACAAUAUUUACUUUAUAAUUUAGUUGAAGUAUGUUAUAAUUUCUGAGAAAGAUCAUAAAGUAAAAAUAUGUCAUAAAUG